AAUUAUGUAUACAGAUAUUUUUAAGCAGUAUAUAAUUAUACUAUUAAAGUUAAUUACCUACCCAAAGUCCCAAAGUGAUUUUCGAAUAUAAACCUUCUUUUAUUAGUUUUUGUAGAUGACAGUUGUGUACAGUAGUCGGUUUCUAAAUGUACAUUAUAAAAUAUUAACAUCAGUGAAUUAGUAUAGAAAUACAGUGCGAGUGUGUGAUGUCAAACGGCAUAAUGAAUUCAAAGUUUAGCUUUUCCUCACCUUUAGUUGAAAAACUCGUGCUACUUGUAAAGGAUAAUCCGGUUUUGUACAACGUAUUAGAUGCCAAUUACAAAAAUAUUUCUUUGAGAAAUAGUAUCUGGAAAGAUAUAUCAUUUAAGAUUGAAAAAUCCGUUGUUGAAACCAAACAAAUGUGGGAAAAAAUUAGAGAUUUAUAUUCAAAAAUAAUUGAAAGAAAAUUAGAUAAACCAGGAUCAUCCUUCAAUAAAAAAAAAAUUUGGAUAUUAAAGUAUCGCCUUAGUUUUUUAGACCAAAACGAAUGCGACCAAUAUUUGACUUCCAAUACGAGUAAAAUGGCCCUGAUUGAAAUGCAUAACCCUCGUACUUUUCACAAAGAAAAAGGAAUUGUCAAGAUGCACGGUAAAACCGGAGAUGACUGGCCAACUAAAACAAAAAUUAAAAAACAUCGUAUCUCUAAAUUUAACCAAAACAAUAAAAAUCUAUUUAAAAAUUCGAAUAAACCAAGUACACUAAAUCAAAAAAUACAAAUAGAAAAUGAACAAUUUUCGACUGAGGAAGUUAACCAAAUAGAUGAUAUGGUUUUGUUUUUUGAAAAUGUUAUGUUACAAGUCAAGCAAUUUUCAAGUACUGGAAGAAUUCAAUUAAAGAUGAAAAUAUGUGCGUUGAUGAAUGAAUUAAAAGAAAAAGAAAUGCAUUUAAUUCACGAAUCUCCUCUCCGUCCACGAAUGAAUCGACCCAUUUACCUUUUUACAAAUGUACACAUUCCAACAGAACAAAAUGAUUACUCGUCAGAGUCAUCUAUUCAAUCAUGUGCAUCAUCGUUGCUUAGCUUACAUUCGGAGUUAGAAUCUUCCUAGUUCCUGUGCUAUGAAUCCAGUGAUGAAUCAAGUUAUUUGACCACUAAGAUAAAGGUAUUUUCAAAAUUAAAAAAAAUUAUUCUAAAUUAUACAUACAUGUUAAUUACCUACCCCAAUAUUCUUAGUUCU